AUGUCACUCGACAAACAAGUCGCGCUCGCGCGCACCCUCAAUAUCGACUCCACAAAUCUCAACAAAGCUACCCGCCUCAUUGUCGCUCCCUUUCUCCAAAAACUCUACGAAAUCGUCAAUGACCCCAAGACUGAUGAGCUGAUACGCUGGUCCGAUGAUGGUGAUUCGUUCUACGUCCUCAACCAUGAGCGGUUUGCAAGGGAGGUGCUCGGCCACUGGUUCAAGCACCAGAAGUUUACAUCGUUCGUGCGGCAACUAAACAUGUACGGAUUUCACAAAAUUCCUCACCUCCAGCAAGGCGUCUUGAGGAGCGACACGGACACCGAAGCUUGGCACUUCGAGCAUCCCAACUUCCGCCGUGGCCAGCCAGAUUUACUCACCUUCAUCACCCGCAAGACAAAGUCUACCCACGGCAAUGUCGAUGAAGCCCAGCUGGAUUAUAAUGAGACCGUCAACGUCGCCCCUCAGGUCGGGACGCUCUCCGCCGGGCAAGUCCUGGACAUUAACUCUGUCGUCCAUGGCAUACAGGCUAUCAAGCGGCACCAGCAAGCCAUCUCGGCCGAUUUGAAUGCGCUCAAGCAGUCGAACGACCUGCUGUGGAAGGAGGCAGAGAUAACCCGCCAACGGCACGACAAGCACCAAGAUACCAUCAACCGCAUCCUCAAGUUUCUCGCGGGCGUCUUCGGCAACUCCGCAGAUCCCAAGGACGGCUCACGUUCUCCAAGUGCUGUUGUCCCGGUUGCGCGUCAGAGACUUAUGAUCAGUGACGGCAGGCCGAAGGGGAAGGCUGCAGAUGUCGGUGAGGAUGAUCGAGGGAGCGUGCAGACACCACAAUCGGACCAUGACGCCCGACACCUUUUCCCCAUCGACCAAAUAGCAGCCAUCGACGAGCAAUCCCAGUCCAUUGCGUCUUCGGCCGCGUUUUCCCCCGUAUCUCUCGAUUCACCUGCUACCUAUAUCUCCCACACCUCGAUUCGCCCGGACAUGCUGUCGAGGAGUCCGACCGCGUCCGGCCCGAACUCGGGCUCGAACUCGUCCAACCUCACCUCCACCGAGGUGCCUACACCGGACGGGUGCCCUCAGCCUCAAGAAAGUACCCUCUCGCCGUCAGCGUUGACUUCUUUCACACCUCCGCCGAGUCAAUCCGAUGGGCUAUGGCAGGCUGCGAUCCAGCAGAUGCUGAACUCUCCCGACCAGAUGCAGCGGCUGAUGCAAAUGCUCGCGUCGCAGCAGAACCACCCAAUGCGGGGACCGUCUAGUCCAUCGACAGGAUACUACGGACUGUCGUCUCAGGUGAUGCAGUACGAUCCUAACCAGAAUGACUACUCUCGCUACCGGCCAGAUAUUCCGCCUGCGCCCCACCCGUCGCUCCCGCUGCUCGGCCCACAGCUGCAGAACGACGCGCCGUCGCUGGGGCCAUUACUCGACGAUGCCCAACGGUUGCAAAGGACGUACAGGGAUGCUGCGGAGAUCGAGGCGGACAUGGACGUACUGCAGACGAGCUUAAACUCUCUCAUCCAGAAUCUCGGCAUUGAUCCACACAGUAUCGUUCCCCAGGCACACGACCAGGACGAGCUGCUGCACAAUGACGAGCCACCACACAAUAACGUCGCGUCGACAUCGACCGGAAUCCCAAUGGACAGGCCGACGCUGUCGGGCCUCGAGCCGCACGACGACCCGUCGUCUGACCUCUUCCUCGACGCGCUGCUGAGCGGGAUCAAUGCUGGCGGCGGAGAAUACCCCGACGUGACGGGCCGGUACGAUCCCUCGACAGAAAUCGACGGGACGAAGGUUGGCGACGCAUCGACGGAGCAGCUCACCGCGUUCCUCGACGAGGUUUCGGACACAGCGUCGCCUCUUCCCCCGCAUUCACCUGACUCAAAGCCCACGAACGGCGGGUACAAGCGCAAGCUGGACAUGGCGGAUCUGUCGAUUCCACAGCAGAAGGCGGACAUUUCGAUGACAGUGCCCAAGGUGAAGCGCAAGCGAUAG